GCUCUGUCCGAAUUACGCCGAAAUAAUGGCCGAUUGGUGGCAAAGAGAAGGAGUUUAUGUUGAUGAAUUUCAAGCGGUUGGGGAGGACGUCGAUAUAUACAACCAACGGUAUUAUCUCGAGCAAGGACCGGUGGAUCCAACCGACUUGUACGACCAAUCCAACCAUCGGUCAAGGGAUGUUUGGAACGAUCACCCGGUACAUACAAUUCUUCACCAUUUGUCCUUCUUUUAUUUUGUUAAU